AUGUUAGUUUCACGAUCAAAUGCUUCUUGGAAGUCCGAAGAUAGAACUUCCGGCCAGUUUCCGACGGGUCUCAGAGUACUUCUUGUGGAUGAUGACAACACUUGUCUCAAGAUCGUGAAUAGCAUACUUAAAAAGUGUGGCUAUGAAGUAACCCAAAAAUCUGAUGCAGAGAGUGCAUUAGAUUUACUCCGGAAAAACAAAAAUGGGUAUGAUAUUGUUAUAAGUGAUGGUGUUACUCAUGGUGCGUGUGAUUUUCUCAUCAAACCUAUAAGCAUUGAGUCAUUUAAGAACAUAUGGCAGCAUGUGGUUCGGGAAAAGAAGCAAGAGUUGAAGGAAAAGGAGUUUGAAGGAUCGGGAAUUUCAGAAGAUGGAGAACAGCAGCAAAUAUCACCAGAAGAAAUUUUCGAUUAUUCAUCAUCAGUUGAUGAAGUGAAUUAUAAAAAAAUGAAAAAGAGAAAGGAGGAGGAGGAGGAGGAUGAAGAAAGGGAUGAUACAUCUAUAUUGAAGAAACCACGUGUCGUAUGGUCAAAUGAUCUCCAUCAGCAAUUUGUAAAUGCUGUCCAUCAACUUGGAAUAGAGAAGGCUGUUCCUAAGAAAAUUCUGGAAUUGAUGAAUGUUCCCGGGCUUACAAGAGAGAAAGUUGCAAGCCACCUUCAGAAGUUCCGCCUUUAUCUUAGAAAGGCAUCGCAGCACCAGAGUGGACAUAAUAAUGCUUUUAUGGGACCACCGGAAUCAUCCUUUGGACCAAUAUCUUCGAUGGAUGGCCUCAAUCGUCGACCUCUUACUGCCACCGGUCAAAUCCCCUCUCAAAGCCUCGCUACAUUUCAGGCCGUAGCAAUCAGUAGGCCUACUACCACAUAUGUGCCCAUUGUUGAUCAAAGAAAUAUUUUCAAUUUUGGAACUCCGAAGUUGACGUCCGAGGACGACCAGCAACAGCCGAAAAAUAAUGUUAAGCAAAUGAACUUAUUUCAUAGAAUUUCUAGUAGUAUGGAACCGAAGCAGUUUGCUGAUUUGCAUCCUUUUGUUCAGUCCUCUGGGGACAUGAAUAUGCAAGUGAUCCCUAGUGGUGUUCAUGGACCAGCAUACAGUCCACUUUCCCAGCCUUCUACACCGCUGGGCAAUGGUUUUCCUCUUAUGAGUAAUUCCGGGAUGUCAACCCUCACCUCUAAAGGAAUGCUGCAAGAAGAGGCUAAUUCGGAAAUGCAACAGUCGAGAGGACCAAGGGAGAAAGACUACCUGAUAUGGGCGUCCAAAAUAAUCCAUUUCCCGGACAACUAUGCGAAGAGGAUCUCUUUACUGCCUUUUUCAAACAGUCAGAAUGCUCAGAACCAGUCGAAAAUGAGUUUAACUUUGACGGGUACCAGCCGAACAAUCUUCCUCUCUAAUAAGGCUUAUACACUCCGACUUUCUGCUUUUGAGAACAUGUACAUAGCUGCAAUUACAGCGAAAAUUGACCUCUUGGGAUCAUAG